AUGGCGGCGCUGAGUUCUGACAACGGCACCGUCGUCUUCAUCGACACAAACCUCGACACUCACUUGGCCCUCACCGUCUCCGAUCACGACACCGUUUCCGACUUCAAAAAGAGAGUCGUGUUAGAGCAUCCUUUAUGUUUCCCCAAAAUCGGACAGAUUCAGAUUAACGGGAUUAAGGUUAAGCGUAAUGGUCACUUUUAUCACCUUUCGGAUUCGAUGAUUGUGAAAAGUGCUUUUAGUGGUUACAACAAAAGCUGGUUUCUUAGUGUUGAUGUUUCUGCGUUGGAAGAUUGUAGACAGAAUGAACAAUUGUUUUCUCAUGCUUCUCUUUGUCCGGUGGAUUCUAUUGGCGUUGUUAAUAAUGCUUUGGUUCGUCCUAGUGAUGAUAAUGCUGUUAUUUUACCAUGCAAUUACCAGUUGCAAAUGUUGGAGGACAAACGGAAUGAAAAGGAAGGAGUUCCUGUUAGUCCUUGUGUUUCUGAACACAGUGCUAGUAAAGUGGUCACAAAUUUGAAGGCGGGUGUCAAUUCGUCUGACCAUCAUGAUAUAGAAAUUCCAUCGCCUGGUUCAAUCCCCAAGAUAGAUGACUCUGGUCGUUUAAAUAAUGAAGUUCCGGGUUUACAUAUGGAAUGCGAAGUAGAUGGGAUCAAUGAAGGAAAUAAGGGGGAUUGUAAUGUGUAUGAAGAUGAACCUUCAGUAUCUGUGCAGAGUGAGACGAGAAAACAGAAGAAGAAAAGGAAAAGAGAAGACACUGUGGAGGGUGAUAAUUCCAUAGAAGAAAUUGCUUCUGAUCAUCCCCGGGUUUCAGAGGACACUGAUAAAAAAGCUUUGAAAAAUUUGGAGAUGGUUCCAAGUUUAAAUAUUGAAGAGAUGGUUCCGAGUUUAAGUAUUGAACGUAAAGCAGAUGAACCCCGGGAAGGAAAUAAGGAUGAUUGUAAUAGGGGUGAAGAUGUACCUUCAAUAACUGCACCAAGUGUGAAGAAGAGAAGAAAGAACAGUAAAAAGAAAAAAGAAGAUGCUGCUGGAGGUAAUAAUUCAAAAGAAGAAACCCCUUCUGAUCACCCGCAUGUUUCAGAGCACCCUGAAAAAGAAGCUGUGAAAAAUUUGGAGGUGGUUCCAAGUUUAAAUAUUGAAUGUGAAGUAGAUGGAUCGGUGCCAAGUGAAAAGAAAAAGCGUAAGAGUAAAAAGAGAAACAAUGACACUGAGGGAGGUAAUAACACAGAAGUUAACAUUGGCUCUGUCAAUAAUCCUGUCGGUUGUCCAUCCGAAAGGGCAUCCAGUUUCAACAUUUUUCAAAUGCCACAGUCCGAGAACAAGCAGGAUGAAAAAGAAGAAAUCCCUAUUGACCGCCCAUGCAUUUCACCGCUCACUGAAAAAAAAGCAGUAAAUAAUUUGGAGAUGGUUCCAAAUUCACAUAUUGAAUGUGGGAUAGAUGGGUCCAAUAAAGGCAGUAAGGAUGACUCUAUUGUAUAUGAGGAAGGAACUUCUAGCGCAAAGAAAAAGAAGAAGAGUAAAAGGAAAAGAGAAGAUGCUGCAGCAGGUGAUAUCUCCAACGAUAACAUUGCUUCUUUUGAUAAUCCUCCCGGUUGUCCAUCUGAAAGGGCACCCAAUUUCAACAGUUUUCAGAUGCCUCAACCAAAGAACAAACAGGGUGAAAAAGAAGAAAUCCCUUUUGACCGCCCAUCUGUUUCACAGCCCACUGAAAAAGAAGCAGUAAAAAAUUUGGAGAUGGUUCCAAAUUCACAUAUUGAAUGUGAGGUAGAUGGAUCCAACAAAGGCAGUAAGGAUGACUCUAUUGUGUGUGAGGAAGGAACUUCUAAACCCGCUCUAAGUUCAAAGAAAAAGAAGAAGAGUAAGAAUAAAAGGCAAAAAGAAGACACUGCGGGAGAUGAUAUCUCCAAAGAUAACAUUGCGUCUGUUAAUAAUCCUCCUGAUUGUCCAUCUGAAAGGGCAUCCAAUUUCAACAGUUUUCAGGUGCCUCAAUCAAAGAACAAACAGGAUGAAAAAGAAGAAAUCCCUUUUGACCGUCCACGUGUUUCACUGCUCACUGAAAAAGCUGUCGAAAAUUCGAAGAUGGCUUCAAAUUCACUUAUUGAAUGUGAGGUAGAUGGGUCCAGUAAAGGCAGUAAGGAUGACACUAUUGUAUGCGAGGAUGGAACUUCUAAACGUGCACCAAGUGCAAAGAAAAAGAAGACGAAUAGAAGGAAAAAAGAGGAGACAGUGCAAGAUGAUACUCUGAAAGAAAUCGAUACUUCUGUCGUUGUGCCAGCUCAGCAGGAUAAUGUAGUCCUAGCCAACUCUUCAGAGAAUGCAAAUAAAGAUUCUGUUGGUAUGCCAGCUCAGCAGGAUAUUGUAGUCCUAGCCAACUCUUCAGCGAAUGCAAAAAAAGAAGUAAUUAAGGAAACUGAUGUUUUAAAGGAGCAUCAGAACACUGUAUGCAAGGAUAAUAACACUAAGAAUGACGUUAAUGUUCUGUCAACGAAUGAGGCUUCAGAACUCAUGUCUCCUGCAAAGAAGAAGCAAAGGAAAAGGAAGAAAUCUGUAGCUCAUGAGUCAAAAGAUAUCAUUAUGAGCGAAAAAAAUCUUGACAAAAUGGAGAUUGGGACGGAUGCUUGCAAAGAAAGCAUGCAGUCUACUACAAAAGAAGCUGAAAAUUUUAAGAACCAAAGUCAUAUUGAAUUGGAAGUACAGCUUUCUGAUGCAAAUGAGCCCAAGGGUCUGAUGGAGAAAAAUGAGAAUGUUGUUGAUCAUUGUCACGAAAAGGAAGUUGGUCAAAUCGAUGGAGCUGCGGCAGGAGAAGUAUCACCACAAAAUGUUGACAUGAAUGGAAUAAAGGAACCUGUAAAACCAGUGAAGGAGAAAAAGGGGAUAAAAAAAGCUACGAGUAAAGGUGUAGGACAGACACUUAGAAAAGAUAAUGGCCAUGCGGAUGCUUCUGAAAGUGAAACUGUCGUUACCAAGUCUCUUAAAGCAACCAUUUGCGAUCCUAUGCCAGGAAAUACAGAGACAAAGGAAAAUCCUCUAAAUCAAACAGAAGGGAAAGUACUUCAGCAGGAGAAAAUGCAAGGGACUGUUCCUUCUGUGACAAAUAAUGGAGAUGAAUUUAGCACUGAAAAUAUUGAUUCCCCGGAACAAACUAAAACAAUACCUAAUGCUCAAAAUGUGGAUGAACAUGUGAGCAAGAAACUGAAGAACAUUUCAAACAAUAAACAAACUUCUACCCCAAAGGGCACAUCAGAUAUGCUAACAAAUGGUCAUGCUUUUGAUAGUAAGAAAGAGCGUGUCGUAAACAGAAUUGAUAAGGCACCAAAUGCACACAAGAGGGGACAAGUUUCAAAGUUGUCUAGUCAGUCUGACAGCGGCAUGUCCUCAGUUGGUGAAUAUAGAAAACCUCCUAACAGUGCUUCUGGUAAAAGUAGGGAUUUGGAAAAGCAAAGGAAACAGAUUCCUACUUCAAAUGCAAAGCUGGAAGAAGGUUUCAACAAAAUGGUUCAAAAUAAAGCAAGAAAAGCUUCUGGGAAUGAUGCUGUGAGAGUUGUGAGUAACUCUCAGCAGAAGAAGAGCUUGUUAGAUGGAGCAAUUUUCAAAGAUGACAGUGACAGUGCCUCAGAAGAUGAAGAUAAUGCUUAUAAUUCUGAUGCCAGCACUAGAACUCCAUCAGAUAACUCAAUCCCAUCUGAUUUAGACGGGUAUGAUAGUCCAGAUCUGAAUUCACAACAAAAUGGUUCUUAUGAUGGGAAAGGGCUGGAAAAGGAUGAAAGAAGUUCCUUAAAAUCAAGUUUGUCAGACACAACAAAAUUGCCAAUUGAGCAAAUCCUUAGAAGCUCAGCAAGGUAUAAGAAAGCCAAAAUUACAGCCUCCCAAUUGGAUGAAUCUGAAACUCCGCCGGAAUUUGUUCCCGACAGCCUUGCUUAG